ACAGUCACUUGCUCUUCCUCCUUCAGCCGCGAUGCAUCACCAGCUAUGAAGCCGCAGCUUGGAGAUGUCCAUCGCGCACACACUCACAGUCUGGAGUCUAGAUAGACGGAGAACACACCUCUGAUAUUUCCUUUCACCUGGACGCGUUUUGUGUCUCUUUUUUUAACUACUUCUCUCGCUGAAGCAGUCAUUGUGAGAACUAGAGGAUGAACAGCAUUAGACAGGUGCCCACACGGGUGAAAACCAGGCGGACUGAGGCCAACCUCGGAGCGGAGAGGGAGCAUUUUGACAAGCAGCAGCUGAGCAGCAUCAGCAAGGCCAUCAACUCCAGCGAGACGCCUGUGAAGGAGAAACAUGCACGACGAAUCAUCCUGGGGACUCACAGGGAGAAGGGAGCCUACACCUUCUGGUCCUACGCUCUGGGCUUCCCUCUGGCUGGCAGCUCCAUCCUCAGCUGGAAGUUCUGCCAUGUACUGCACAAAGUCCUGCGGGAUGGACACCGCAAUGUUCUACAAGACUGCAUGAGGCACCACAGUUCUCUCGUUGAAAUUGGGAAAAUGUGGAGCAACCUCCAUGACAGAUAUGGACAGCUGGUGGCUCUGUAUAGCAAGCUGCUCUGUACAAAAAUGGAGUUUCAUGUGAAACAUUCAGAAAUCCCGCCGAACCUGGAGGCCACUGAUGAAGUCCUGGAGCGCACUGCAGGAACCGACAUUAAUAAUGUGUUCCAGCUCACAGUGGAGGUGUUUGAUUACUUGGACGCGGAGCUGAGGCUGGCCGAGACAGUAAUCCGACAGCUCAACACAUCCAUCGCCAUCUCCACGCUCACAUCAGGCCAGUGUCGGCUGGCUCCACUCAUCCAAGUUAUCCAGGACUGUAGUCACCUCUACCACUUCACCGUCAAGCUGCUAUUCAAGCUGCAUGCCUGUCUCCCCGCUGACACCUUACAAGGCCACCGUGAUCGUUUCCAUGACCAGUUCCACAGCCUUAAGGGCUUCUUCAAUAAAGCCAGAGACAUGCUGUACUUCAAGAGACUGAUCCAGAUCCCCAAACUGCCUGAUUCUCCACCUAACUUCCUGCACGCAGCCUCACUGGCCAAGCACGUGAAGCCAGUGGUGGUCAUGGCUGAUGAGGACGAACCGGAGCAACAAGACGACGAUGAUGAUGAACCUGAGCCGCUCAUCGAGGUCAGCGACGUCUCGACAUCCAGCAUGCAGUCACAGCCACAGCAGCUGGACAUAUUUGAUCAGACGUUUGGACCUCCGAAUGGAGGCUUUGAUGACAGGGAUCUCCAGAUCGAGAGCCUGAAGCGGGAUCUGGAGUUGCUGAGAGCAGAGCUGGAGAGGGUGAAAGCAGAGGCUCAGCGCUACAUCACACAGCUGAAGUCCCAAAUCAACAGUUUGGAGGCAGAACUAGAGGAACAGCGUGCACAGAAACAACGUGCACUCGUGGAAAAUGAACAACUGCGCAUGGAGCUGGAGGCUACACGUCGCCGAAACGCAGAGCAUGAGAGCUCACAGGCCGUCUUUAUUGAAGCAGAAAAAAGAGCACAGGCCACUGAGCAGCGGUACAAUAAGCUGAAGGAGAAGCACACAGAGCUGGUGGCCAGCCAUGCUGAACUACUGCGGAAGAGUGCAGACACUGUGAAGAUGCUAUCAGCAACCCAGCAGACACAGGAGGAGGUGGAGAGGACCAAACAGCAGCUGUCGUUUGAGGUUGAUCGAAUUAAACAGGAAGCUGACAUGAAGCUGGAGGAGCAGAAGUUUGAGAUGGAGAAGCUGAAGAGAGAGCUGGAUGAGAAGAUGGCAGAAAUUCUGCGCAUCAAGGGGACUCUGCAAAGCAGCGAAAAGUCGUCGGAGGAAAUGAACAGCUCAGUGAAGUCUCUGCAGGCAGAGAAGGAGCGUCUGAUGCGAUCUGUGAGCGAGAAGGAGGCGGAGCUGUCAUCUCUGCGGCAGUCUGCGCAGUUGCAGCAGUCGUCGCUUGAGCAGGAGCGAGAGAGGAGCAGCAGGGAGCUUGGAGAGCUGCAGGGCAAACUGCAGGAGAAGGCAAGUCAGGAGGACCAGCUGAAGCAGAAGCUUCUGGAGGAGCAGUUUGCUCUGCUGCAGGGCACCGUCACAGAGGCUGAGAACAUCAUCCAAGAUGCUGUCGCUAAGCUGGAUGAUCCCCUUCAUAUACGCUGCACCAGCUCUCCAGAUUACCUUGUGAGUCGGGCGGAGGCCACACUGGGCUCCGUAGACAAAGUGAAAAAGGGCCAUGCGGAUUAUCUGAGCAACAUGGGGGAUGCUGGAGGGCUUCUGAGGGCUCUGACCCAGUUCUCCCACUUGGCUGCGGAUACAAUUAUCAACGGCAGCGCCACUGCACACAUGGCACCUACUGACCACGCAGACCGACUGACGGAGAACUGCAGAGGCUGUGCCACUGAGAGUCUGCAGUUUCUAAAGGACCUGAAGGCUAAGACCACACUUCAGAGGGCAGACCCAGCCGCCAUUCGCGUAAUCGUUCAGAAGAUCCUAUACUUGGGCCAGGAGCUGCGGCCAAAAGGCAUGGAUGUUCGUCAGGAUGAGCUUGGAGAUCUGGUCGAUAAGGAAAUGGCGUCAACAUCAGCGGCUAUUGAGGAGGCAGUCCGCAGGAUUGAUGAAAUGAUGAAUCAGGCACGAAAGGACACGUCAGGAAUUAAACUGGAGGUCAACGAAAGAAUCCUUAACAGCUGCACAGACCUGAUGAAGGCCAUCCGCAUGCUGAUCAUAGCAUCUACAGACUUGCAGAAGGAGAUUGUGGAGGGUGGGAGGGGUGCAGCCAGCAUUAAGGAGUUCUACGCCAGAAACUCUCGCUGGACUGAGGGACUCAUCUCUGCUGCCAAGGCUGUGGGAUGGGGAGCCACCGAGAUGGUGGAGUCUGCUGAUAAGGUGGUGCUGCACACAGGCAAAUAUGAAGAGUUGAUUGUCUGCUCCCAUGAGAUCGCUGCCAGCACAGCACAGCUGGUCGCUGCCUCAAAGGUCAAAGCAGACCGCAGCAGUAAGAGGCUGUCGGUGCUCCAGCAGGCUUCUCGCCAUGUGAAUGAAAUGGCAGCUAAUGUGGUGGCCUCAACAAGGACAGGCCAGGAGCACCUGGAGGAGAAAGAAACCAUGGACUUCUCCGGGAUGUCCCUCAUCAAGUUAAGGAAAGAAGAAAUGGAGUCACAGGUGAAGGUGCUGGAAUUAGAGUCUCAGUUGGAGAAUGAGCGUCUGCGUUUGGGAGAGCUGAGGAAGAAGCACUACGACCUGGCUGGAGUUCCUGUAGAAGAGGCUCCUGAGGGGAAUGGCGAAACCUCCUCGCCGGCCCAUCCUGCCACCAUGUCACCAAAACCCGGUAAACCUGCUCUCUCGAAGAAACCUGUGUUGGCCCAGAAACCCAACUUACCGCCCAAAUCCAUGUUUAAGUAAUGCCUGAGGAGAAGAGGAAAAUGCUCCACUAAUGGAUGGUUGGAUUGACCGCAGAAAUACCCCUUUGUUGUGAACAUACGGUUCCUUUAAGUUGCAUGCUGACAAUCCUCUGCCUCAUCCUGCGUCUCACUUUUUUCCUUUCUUCUUUUCUUUUUGUUUUGUUUUUUGCCAAAAUGGACCAGAAGCCUGAUUUUUGACCCUUGAUGCCUGUAAGGGAUAUGCUGUCUUUACCCUCCUUUUUUUUUUAAGAUACAUGCGCAUGCCAUCCAUGCAAUACCCUUCUUAUUUUAGUAUUUGGCAUCAAGAACAAAAGAAGGUUAAUAUUUUACUUUUAGACUGUGUGAAAGUGUUUUUUCUGCAUCACAAACAUUUUAGAUGAUUAAGUACUACUGCUGCUUUUAGAAUACAAACCUUUAUAAUAACCACAAAUCGACAGCAUAUCUGUUAUGUCAAUAGUUUUUUUGAUCAUGCUUUGGAAAACCUUUUUGCACACUAUUUUGGACGUUCAUUACAGAGCACAUCACAUUUUUCUUAAUGUACGCUGUAUGCUAUUUAUGUUGUGGUGGGUGAUAAAGGAAACUGGGGAAUCACAUUGUGUGCAUCCACAUUGCUGCAAAAGAUUUACAUACCUCUGGUUUUGCCUUCAUUAUGGACACUGUUCCUCUUAUGUGCAAAACAGCUUUCUUUCUCAACAGUACACGAUUGUCUCAGAGGCCUUGGAAUGUACUGGACUAAUUCAUUGAAUCAUACCUGUAAAGACACAGAGUCUGUAUAGGAGUGUGCCACUCGCACAAAGUAUAAUUUAUAUCUACACUCAUCUCUUGAAUGUCCCUUUAUUAGAGGAGCACCUGGAUCUUAUGUUAAAGCACAUAGGUAGAGUUAAUGCUUGCACACAGAUAUCAGAUGUAGGUGUCCUUAAUUAUCAAUCACUUCUUUUAGGCUGAAUCAAGAUUUAGGGUUAGUUAGUGUACAAUAUGAAGGUGUUCAAGUUCUCUUUGCCUCUGGGAGCUUUUCAUACAGGGUCUUAAAAUGCAUCUUUUUAUGUUCUGUCCUUUCCUCUGUACGAAAUGUCUUUAUACACUCAGAUCUAUUAAUAUAUUUUAGUAAAGAUAAUAGUGGUUUCUCCUUGUAAGAAGUGUAAAUGUCAAACAAAUGAACAAUAAAUGUUUGAUUUAAUGU